CCUGCGUGAAGAACAUUAGUUAGUUGAUGGAAGACCCAAACAGUGUGAUAUUUUUGUCUACCAAAGUCUAACUUAAAUCUGUCACUUGAUUACUUAUUUAAUUGUUUCUUGAUAAUUUGAUAAUGCUAAAUUGUGGUGUAUCUUUAAAUUGCGUCUUGUGAUACUAAGAAUAAUUAAUUUCAAUCAUGAAGUGUGAUCGCAAACUGAUGAUUUACAGUUCUGGUAUGAUUAUUUGAUAGUAAAUGACACGUAUCAAUUUACCUUUUUUUAUAUCAUAAUAAGAACUUCGUCAAGAAAUACCAGAAUGUCGUUGAAAGAAAGAAUAUCUGGAGCAGUAGCCGUUCUUCGUGGUAAUGCGGUUCCAAGUUCUAAGCCAGAUGAUAUCUUAAAAACUGAUGCUGUAGAAUAUAAAAUGACUCCAGAAAAUGUAUCAUCUAAAAGGUCAAAAUCGCAGAAAAAUAUAAGGCUUCCUAAUUGGAUAAAAUCAAAUACGUUAUUGUUUCUGACAAUUGGUGGAGUUAUGGCAGGAGUUGGUCUAGGUUUACUUGGACGUUUGGGUGAUUUUUCAUCGCAAAGUAUCAUGCUCAUAAGCUAUCCUGGAGAGAUUUUGAUGCGUCUAUUGAAAAUGUUUAUUCUUCCUCUGAUUAUUUCUUCUUUAAUCAGUGGUAUGGCCCAAAUGGAUGCAAAAAGUUCAGGAAAGAUGGGAUUUAGAGCCUUUUCCUUCUACAUUGUCACAACACUUUUAGCUGCCAUUGUUGGAAUCGCUGUAGUUCUAUUGAUUCAUCCAGGAGAUCCAAGAAUUAAAAAUUCUGUCGCUGUUCCAGUACCAGCAUCACCUCCAGAGGCAUCAAGAGUUUCUACUUUAGAUGCUAUUUUAGAUAUUGGAAGAAACAUGGUGCCGGAUAAUCUGGUCCAAGCUAGUUUUCAAUCAGUUCAAACAACCUACGUGAAGAAGCCAGUCGUUUCCGUUGCAAAAAAAAAUAAAGUCGACUAUAUUUUUGAGCAUUCAUUAAUUUACAGAGAUGGAACGAAUGUUAUGGGAUUAAUUGUUUUCUGCAUAUCUUUUGGAAUCAUUGUUGGUCAAUUAGGUCCAAAAGCGCAGAUCAUGGUUGAAUUUUUCAAUGCACUCAAUGAAAUAACUAUGAAAAUUCUUAGUAUUGUUAUUCUUUGGUAUUCUCCAUUUGGUUUAAUGUGUCUUAUUGCUGGCAAAGUCAUGUCUAUUGCUGAUAUAAUGAUAACAGCAAAAAUGUUAGGUUUUUAUAUAAUAACAGUGACUUUAGGAUUAUUAAUACAUGGUGUGAUUACUCUUCCUACGAUUUUUUGGGUAAUAACUCGACGUAAUCCAGCGACAUAUUUCAAAGGAAUGCUUCCAGCUUGGAUUACAGCAGCUGCCACGGCUUCCAGUGCGGUUACGUUGCCGAUUACUUUCCGAUGUUUAGAAGAAAAUAAUAAAGUUGAUCCCCGAGUUACAAGGUUCGUUGUGUCUGUGGGGGCUACAGUUAAUAUGGACGGAACUGCUUUGUAUGAAGCUAUUGCAGCUAUUUUUAUUGCUCAAAUGAAUGGAAUAAAUUUGGGAUUUGGUGACGUUAUAACAGUCAGCUUGACUGCUACUUUAGCAAGUAUUGGAGCAGCUAGCAUUCCUAGUUCUGCUUUAGUUACAAUAUUAUUAGUCCUAGCUGCUUUAGGGUUACCAACUGAUAAUGUUCCUCUUCUCUUUGCAGUUGAUUGGUUACUAGAUCGAUUAAGAACUUCUGUAAAUGUACUUGGUGAUGGAUUUGGAGCUGGAAUAGUAUAUCACCUCAGUAAACGUGAACUUGAUAAGUUAGACGAAAUGCAAAGAAUUGAUGUUUUAGAGACAGGUCAGUCUCAAAAUAAAUAUUCUGAGGAUAUUGAGGGUAGUCCAAAGCGUAAAGACUCAUGUUUAGUUCAACUAUCAGAUAUAUCAGAAACCAACAUGUAAUUAUAUUCCUAUAAGUUUAGUCGCUUACGCGGAUCCAAGUUAUGUAAUACAAAAAAUUUGUAUUUUUUUAUUGAUGUAUUCAAUAAUGAAGCUGCCAUGUUCACUUAUCCAAACAAUAAUAUUUAUUCAUUUAGUUUAUGUCUUAGAUACAGGAGCAUGUAAAGUACAAACUUUCAACGCGAAUGAUACUAAUCUAUCUAGAUAUAAAAUAAUUCUUUAAAUGCUUUGACGAUACUUUUCAGCUCUUUUUUUAAAUCUAAUAAUAAAUUAUUUAUAGUUAUAUUUUUAUGAUAUACAUCUAUAACCUAAUUUUUCAUUGAAUCAACUUUUAGUUUAGAAUAGGAAAACAGUGACCACUUGAAUUUUUCAAACAGUUUGUAAAUAGAGUUGAUAGUCUUCUAGUAUAAUCCAUUUAAAAUUUGUAAUUAAAAACAUGGGAAAUUUCAAAAUCACUCACAGCAAAUAUUGUGUUCGUUUUCUCCUCUUCAUUCGGGUGAAUUAACUAACUACAAAAUUCCCAACACUCAAUAAACAUGUACCAUACCGUACAGGAAUCUAUUUUCAUAAUUAAGGAAUAAAAAUUGUUUAAUAUUAUCGAAAAAAUAA